CACGUUCAUGUGGUGUGUGGUCGGCUCGUAGUAAUCAGGCGCUGAUGAGCAUGGUGCUUGGGGAAGACAUCUCAACGGCAUAUUCCUAUUUUAUGUGAGUUGAUGCGCUAAACCCACUCAGCUGAUACUCGGGAAUAGUGACUCCAAAACCGGCCCAAUGGAAAAGAAACGUGCAUUGAUCAGGGAGAGGUGCAGGAAGUUCCCAACUCUCUUUAACCUGGAUGUAUCCGUGGAUGUCAUACAAGUGGAGAGUGCCAUUGCUAAGCUGAAGCGUGAACAUGAAUGCCCGAACUUGGCCGAGGAAUUUGGCAACGACUUGAAUUUGCUCAACAGCCUAGCGUACUUCUACCUCCGUCGGAACAAGUAUAAAGAUGCCAAGCCCUUGGUGGAGGAGGCCUUGGCCAAGGAGCCGCACAGCCUCACGGCCCUGGCCAACCAGUGCGAGAUGUUCCUGAUCCAGUUCAAGUUCCCCGAGGCGGAGAAGGCAGUGUGUGCCAUGGAAGAGGAGAGCGAAAACAAGGAGGCAAUCGUCACAGCGCUGGCCGAGCAGGGCUACUGCUACUCAAGAAUGGGCCCCACUGCCUACAUGAAGGCCAUCGCCAAGUUCACGCAGGCCAUCACGAUGGGCCAUGGUCACUGCUCUGCAGACAAGAUGGCCUCCUGGAAUUUUAGCGUUGCUUCAAAUUGCAGCAGGAUUAUGGCAAAGCAGAUUGUGAAAGAGUUCCCAGAUCUCAACAUUCAUGAGCACUUUGUAAAAGGACGUCAAGCAUUGUUGUUUGUUAUCAAUACAGCCAAAAGAGCCUUAAAAGCCAAAGCGUACAUCGUUUUGGGGGAGUUGACCAAAAUCUAUUUCACGGAAUUCAUGCACAGACUACUCAACUAUGACAUGGACAGGGUCAUUGACGUGACAGAUGAGACGAUUACUACGUCACAGUGCUUCGAACUGGCAUGUGAGUGGGGCUCCUCGGACUACUGGGUGCUGGAGAGGGCCGGCAAACACCAGAGACACAGACGUGAUUUUUUGAAGGCCCUGGAACUGCUGUGGAAGGCACACUCAUUUUACCCAACAGCAUUUAACCUCCACCACCUGGGCUUGACCUACAGAAGCCUCGCAUGGAAAGCCUAUAAGACAGCAAAUUCCAGGGAAUGGAGGAGCCAAAGUCAGCCGAGAUACGAUCGGAAUGACACAAGAAGAGAACGGGAAGGAUGCGUCACUCCCAAUUAUGGUGCAUCUGGAUAUAAAACCUCGACCACACAGGGCAAUGGAAGCGCAACGUACCGUGCUCUUCCAGAUCAGUUCAGGAGAAAGAGUAGCCAAGAACAAUAUGGGCAAUACAGAGAGAGGUGUGCCACUAUUGCAAAGGAGAAUGCAGCAUCUAAAACUAAACCGAGUCAAGGGGAGACUCCUUUUGUCAUUCAGAGAGAGGCAUCAGGAAUGAAUUCACAGAAUUUCUACUUUAAUGUAUAUGCAAAUACUGAUGAUCCGAUGAUAAUAGAAUAUUUGGAAAUGGCAAUAAAGUGCAUUAAAGAUGCUGUUGAAUUAUCAAGUGAGAGUGGUAAUCCACUCUUCGUGACUCUGGCCGACAUUUACACAUCACUUGGUAAACAUGAGGAAGCAGACGAAUGCUUCAUUAAGUCAUUGCAACAACAUAAUUACAUCGGUAAUUUCAGUUAUGCCCUGACAUAUGAAAAGUGGGGGUUUGCCAUGAAAAAUCGAGGUGAGAAGGAAAAGAGCCAGGAUUACUUCCGAAUGGCUAUUGAGCACGCGGCCAAGGCCAAAGUUCCAGUGAAGGUAGCGUUUCAGUGCUUAAUGCGUGAUAUGAUGGAGCCCCAGAUCCCGAAACCAGAGCAGCUUCGCAGUCAAUCGGAACUUUGCCAGCUCGUGGGGCGGCACCAAGAGGCUCUCAGUUUACUGUGGGAAGCAGACAAAGAGAGCCCAGAUAAUCCAGAUACUCUGUCCGGCCUCAUCAAGAACUUGGCUGCAGAAAAGCAAUACGAGUUAGCUCGCAUGUACCUGGCCAUCCUACAACACACAGAAGGUUCGGAUGAGAUGAUUGAUCCAGCGCUCCAAGUUGAAAUAUGCUUUGGGGCAGCCGAGCGGAAUCCGGACACACUCUCACUCAUUGGCUUACGGGACACUUAUGAAUGCCUACUCAGAAAUCCUACAAAGCCGCAAGGGAAUUCACAAGAUGUAUUCAUAUUUCAUGCAAACAAUUCAAAGGCUGACUCGCAGCUGGCUGUGCACAUUCAGCGCUUGGCCAAAGAGGUAGGGCAGGUCGAGUGCGAGACCCUCGAUGACCAGCCUGCUGGCACACUUUUCCUAGACAUCAUGGAAGAAAUAGUGAAUAACUUCGAUGCAGUUUUGAUCAUACUGACUCCAGAUUUUAUUGCCGAUCAUGUAAGAAUGAAGCUUUGCAAAUACCUCAUAGAGAGGCCCUGUGUCUUGCUGUGCCUGUGCCCUUCCUCCGUUAUCAAAGAGCAAAUUCCCACCACGCUUCGACUUACCUAUCGAGCAAUUAUCCCUGAGAGAUUCCACUGCGCAGAUUUUACAGAAAAAAGGGAUUCAGUUGAAAAAUUACGCAUUUGGAGAGAAAUCUUUUAUCAUUUGCUAGCUGCUAAAGAUCAUGCUAAAAUCACUUAAAGUACAAGUUGUUAAAAGGCCCACUUACAUUUUCCUAAACGUUGAACGUAAAUCGAUAGGCAAAAAAUAUGUAUCUAUCAAAACCUAUAUAUCUUUCUUGGACUUUGAUGUUUGAGAUCAAAAAUACUUCAAAACCUAAAGUAGCUGUUGACAACAACUGUAAAAUAUUCUUGGAUCUUUCGGUAAAGUCACGUAA